AUGGGCGAACACGAUUCACCUAUGGUUUCGCAUGGCCGCGGAGGCCAGGGCAAUAUCGGCCAUGAUGACACUGAAUACGUCGAUGGCGAGAUCGUCCGAGAGGGAGUCUACGGUGAUCAGGGUGAUGGUGCUUACUCUGCCGGUCGCGGCGGCGCAGGAAACAUCGGCUCCCCAAUGGUCCGCCCAACCUCCAAAGUCCCCCACGACAACGAGAUGAUCCCCGAGUUGGCGGUUAGGGGCUCUACUGAUGAAAACUACCAUAUCGGACGCGGCGGCCAAGGGAAUGUCCACCUCGACGAGGCAACUCUGAAAGAGAAGAAGGAAAAGGAAGAGAGGAAGAAGUCGCUUCACCAAGAGGGAUUGGCGGAUAAGUUGAAGAAUAAGUUGCUGGGGAGGAAGUAA